CUGAAAACCACCACCAUCAUCCAUCACCUUUUGCAUCAGCUAAAUUAGAAAGAUCAUAUUUUUCUUGAGAAUCCAUAACGUUGUUAAUUGAUCCUAGUCAAAAAGUGAGAGUUUUUUAUAUCUCCGCCGUUUGCACCACCGCCACCGCCAUGUGCACGUUAGAGAAACGAGGCAACAUAUUUUAUCUAACCCUGACCGGCGACGAUGAACACCGGUUAAACCCAACGCUUAUUUCCUCGAUCCGCUCGGCUCUGGCUGAAGCUGGGUCACAGUCCGUUCCUGGCUCAGUUUUAAUCACCACGGCUCAAGGCAAGUUUUUCUCCAACGGUUUUGACCUCAAGUGGGCACAAAAGGCCGGCUCGGAUUCCAUGGCUCGGCUUGAACACAUGGUGGAACUGUUCAAGCCGGUUGUUGCCGAUCUCAUCUCUCUCCCAAUGCCCACUAUCGCCGCCGUGACUGGCCACGCGGCGGCGGCUGGGUUCAUCCUAGCCAUGAGCCACGACUACGUCCUCAUGAGGCGCGAUAGAGGUGUGAUGUACAUGAGCGAGCUGGAUAUAGGCAUGACUUUGCCCGAUUACUUCACGGCUCUGAUUAGGUCCAAGAUCGGCUCAGAUUCAGCUCGGCGCGGCUUAGUGUUGAGGGCCGCAAAGAUUAAGGCGGAGGAGGCGGUGGAGAUGGGGAUAGUGGACUCGGCGCACGAUAACGGAGAAGAGGCGGUGGAGGCUGCGGUGCGCCUGGGCGAACAGUUGUCCAAGAGGAAGUGGGAUGGCGCGGUGUACGGAGAGCUGAGGAAGUCGUUGCAUCCUGAGACAUGUGGCGUUCUGGGAUUGGUUAAUAAGGAGGUACUUCCUUCUCGGCUUUGA